ACAGGAGCAGCCUUCCCCUGCUUUGGGUUGGAGAAUUCCCGCAAGACCAGCACCCAGAUAGAAUUUCUCCACUCGGCGACCGGCAGCCAAUCGGCAGGCUCCGUGACUGGGACAAAGUCCUCUUCACUGAGUCAUUUCACUCUCCUUUCCUUCCCCUCCACCUCCUCUCUGAAGGGUUUAACAUUACGCCCUCCGCCAGGUUUUACCUGUCCAGGUGAACAGCAUUGUUGAAAGGGAACUUCGCUCAUAUGCUGCCAAUGAUCUCCUUGACCGCUCCUGCAAGACGUCCCGAGUCCACUUGAGUGUCCCGGAGUGUACAGCCUGGAGGUGCCGUCGCCAUGGCCGAAGCUUCGGCGCCGCCCGUUUCUCCCUCAGACUACGGGCUGUUGUCCCCGCCCCCUGACCUCUGCCGGGCAUGUGGCCACAGUCAUCAGCUGGAGGAGAACCACGAGUACCUCUACCAAGACGAGGUGGACGACGACCUUGUCUGUCACAUCUGCCUGCAGGCGCUCAUCAAGCCCCUGGACACACCCUGUGGACACACCUACUGCCAGGAGUGUCUCACCAGCUUCCUGCUGGAGAGCGACUUCUGUCCCGUGUGCCGCGCGCCCCUCAUGCUGCAGAGCUGCAGGAAGCCCAGUCUGCUGGUGCACAAGCUGCUGGACAAGCUGAUGGUGGCCUGCCCGUUCGCUGAACAUUGCACUGAAACGGUACCCCGUGGUGACCUGGAAGACCACAUCAAGAGCAGGUGUAAAGGGGCCUCCCACUAUGGACUCUCGGCAGACAGGAAGCGGCGCUCGCAGGAAGGCGAGUGCACCGACAGCACGUCGGAGCUCACCAUCGCCACGCUGCCCAGCGACGGCCCCGCGUCCGCCGCCGUGGCCCUGCUGUCGGAUGAGUCGGGCCUGGUCAACCCGGCCUUCGACCCCAGCAUGGAGGAGAACAGCCAGUCGGGCAGCACGACCAGCCUGGCUGCCCGCAGCAGCACAAAGAAGAGUGAGUUCAGAAACUUUGACCGCUCUUCAGUGAGGAGCCGCUCCUUCAGGAGGCUGAACAGGGCCUUCAGCGUCCUGCGGAGGACCAAGAGCGGCAACGCGGUGAGCAACGAGACGUCUGAGGAGAGGGACAAUGUCCGGAACUCCACUGUGCCACAGGAAGUGCUGGCUCUUCCCCAGCUCCACCACCUGAUCCCUGACGGUGAAGUCACCAGUAUUAAGAUCACGCGCGUGGAACCCUCUGAGCCGCUGGCCAUCAGCAUCGUUGGCGGCAACGAGACCCCCUUGGUUCGCAUCCUCAUCCAGGACAUCUACAGAGAAGGUGUCAUUGCACGCGAUGGACGCUUGCUGCCCGGGGACAUGAUCCUGAAGGUAAAUGGCAUUGACAUCAGCAACGUUCCCCACUGCUACGCCGUGGCAACCCUCAAACAGUCGUGCCAACUCCUCCGACUAACCGUGCUCCGAGAACAGCGCCACCGCUACCGCUCGCAUUCGCAUAGCCACCCACACGGGCACGGCCACGACGCCGCCGGGGGCCACCCGUCUCACGGCCUUCCCCACCAUCCCUUGAGAGACGACAGCAUCCACGUGGUGCUCAACAAGAGCACUCCAGACGAGCAGCUGGGCAUCAAGCUGGUGAGGCGGCCAGAGGAGCACGGGGUGUUCAUCUUCCACCUGCUGGAGGGCGGCCUGGCGGCUCGCGACGGGCAGUUGUGUGUCGGUGACCGCGUGCUGGCCAUCAACGGGCACGAUCUUCGUUACGGCGCUCCGGAACAUGCGGCGCUGCUUAUCCAGGCGAGCGAGGAGGGGGUCCACUUCAUAGUGUCUCGUCAGAUCUGCCUACCGACCCCAGACAUCUUACAAGAGGCUCCGUGGGGCAUGGAUGGGCCCCCACCCUAUUCCCCCGUGGACAUUGAGCAAACACUGCUGGACUCGUGUCAGAAGCCGGCGUGCUACGAGAAGACAGUGACUCUGACCAAGGAGCCGUACGACUCCCUGGGCAUGACGGUGGCGGGGGGCAUGUCCAGCCGAGGGUGGGACCUCCCCAUCUACGUCACAAACGUGGACCCUGAUGGGGUGGUGGGACUGGAGGGCUCCAUUCGCAAAGGUGACAUCUUGCUCAACGUGAACGGGGUGGAUUUGACGGGGGUGACGCGCGGCGAGGCCGUGGCCAACCUGAAAAACACCUCGUCGCCCGUCGUGCUCAAGGUCUUGGAGAUGCGUCCCCCCGAGGAGAGCCUGCAGGAGUGCACGCCGCCGCCCUGUCUCGCGCCCUCGCCCACAGACAGCACCAAGAGUCUGCUGCCCAAUUACGAUUACUCCCCACUGUGGGUGUCAUGGCUGCAGCUACCCAGGCAUCUCUACUGCUGCAAAGACAUCGUCCUGCGGCGGAGCACGUCGGGCAGCCUGGGCUUCAGCAUCGUGGGAGGUCAGGAGGAGGUCAACUGCAAUCAAUCCUUUUUUAUCCGCUCCAUCGUGGAGGGGACGCCGGCCUAUAAUGAUGGCAGAAUAAGGUGCGGGGACAUCUUGCUGGAGGUGAAUGGGAAGAGCACGUGGGGGAUGACCCACACGGCGUUGGUGCGCCUUCUGAAGGAGCUGCGGGGGAGGAUCACCCUGACCAUCGUCUCCUGGCCAGGCAGCCUGCUGUAGCAGCGCUCCGGGCACAUUCGGCGCUGCUCCAGCGGCACUGACCAAGGGACUGUGGAAGGCAGACCACCUUAAGCUUGCUGUGCGGGAGAAGCUCAGAGUAGUGCUGCAGCUCUACGGAUAUUUCGCUUCUGAUGGACAGCCGGGACUUUGCCAGGAGUUGGGAGAGGGGAACAAAGGAAAAGACUGGAUAGUUACCAGAGGUUGACUGACCCCUCCGAGAACGCGGAACUGGGAGAAACCCGGCCCGAGCCGCCUCUGACUAGGACGUUGGGAGUUAUCGGUUUUUUCGGGGACAUGGACAUUCUCUGGCACAGCAUCCAGUGAGUGGGCUGGGUGGAUCGACAGGAGACACAACACGUUGCCAAUUCCAGUAAUUAUAUAUUAGGGUAUGCGUUAAGUUGGACUCACAUUUCUUUACUGUAAAUGUUGGGUGUCUAAAAAAAAAAGUACCGAUCCAAGCACUUGUAAUAUGUUUCAUUGUUUGUUUGUUUGUUUGUUUGUUUGUGGUAUGGCCUUUAAGUAUAGGCUGCAUUCUGUUUGUACUGACAGUGGUUGUCAUUUUCAUCUGUUGACCUGAGGACACGUUGCCAAGUAGUAGUCUGUGUUGAGUUUUUUCUUUUUUUUUCAAAAGCUAUGGCUAGCUUAUCAAAACCACUGGCAAAGAAAAUAUGUUUAAAAAAAAAUAAAUAAAUAAAGGAUCAAUGUGUUCAUAACAUGUUAAAAAAAUAAUAAUUGACAUUGUGGAGGCCUUACUCAUUUUCUUACUUUUAAGAAGAAAAAAAAGCUGACAUGGUUUCUGUGCAUCAGUGGAUGGUCCGGGGCCCGUCUGCUGCGGUUCUGUCUGUCACGCUUCGGCCUGUGUAAUAUAUCUGAUGGUAUAUUUGGUUAAAUGAUCAAUAAAGUCAUUGAAAAAGA